AUUCAUUCGUUUCACUUUCAUAUGAAAGUGAAACGAAUGAAUAGUGCAAAGAAAAAAAAUCAAAGAAGACAAGCCGCUCUUAGCAACAAACGAUAUAUGUUCAUCCCUAUUUUUAUUGGCUGGAGGCUUAUAAGCGAAUUCGGAAUAACCCUCAUUGUAACUCCACAAGAAACCGGGAAAAAAAUUUAGUGUUUACGGAACAUUAAGCAAGGCAAUCUGAGCCGAUCAAUAUUCUUUCUCAAUGUAGAAGUUUGUUCGAUUGAGCUUAUGACGUGAACGAAAAUGCAUUCUAUUUUUCCAAACUUUCUUUAAAUACAUGGAAAAUAUUUAUCCAUUAAAAGAACAUUAUAGAACGAAUUCUUCUGCUUCCAAACAUGAUAAAAGAUGUGCUGGGAAGUAUUUUUUAGGAUAAGGAAUACGCUUCUUGACAUACUUAAUCGAAAUGAAGCAGAAAACUUUUUCACUGAAAUGGAAUCUGGUCUUUGUCCUUUUUAAAGAGAACGGCACAGAAACCAUUCUAUUAUCCAGUGAAAUGGUAUGAAACACGUUCCAUAUAGGCAAGAAAUGACUUUCAAUCAAAAAGACCGCGUUCCAGAAUAUAAUGAAACGUGAACGAAAGCGUUCCUCAAAUCGAAGAACGUGGUAUUAUCACUAUAGGAUGCAUUCAACAAAAUAAAGAAUCCAUUAUUCACUAACAACAUUGCGUUUCAUUUUUUGACGAACCGGUUUUUCUUCAAUUUUUUUGGAACAUUUUCUACUGGGGAUCAGCAUGUGAUUUGCAGAUAAAUAUAAAAAACAAAAAGAAAACAAAAAAUCAAUAUAGAAAUUUCUGUUGUGUAGUUUCAAGAAUUUUUUGUCUCAAAUUCUCUUUGACAUACAUUUAAUGUACAUAUGAAAAAUCAAUAAAAAAAUUGUUGAAAUAGUUUCAACUGCUAAUAUUCCUAUUUUUUAAAAGACAUAUAAAAAUAUGAGCUUUGAUUCUUUAUUGAUAGUUACGUGUACUCUAAAAAGUGAAUCAUACAAAUCAAUCAUCCUAGACGGUCUGAAUAUCAAAAGUAUACUGUGAAAUCUACCAUUUAAAAUGUUGAUUUCUAUUGCGGAUUGCCAAACCAAUAGGAUUUGAGAUCGAAUACAGCUCAGAUUUCAACUCUGCUGUCUAACUUAGCCUCAAGAAGUCGUUUUUCCUAUAGCUUCAUUACUAUUGGUCACUGCACAACUAAUAGUAUUUCGAUGGAAGUGCAGUACACAUUCGAAUUCUCCAUCUCUGAAAACCUCGGAGUAUCAUCACUAUGAUCGGAAGAUAGAGCUCUCUUUGUGGAUCAAUUAGAUCAUGGACCAAAAUCUAAUCUAGUUUUCUUUAAUUAUCCUUGUUAUAUGUAAGUCAUUCCUCUUGUUUCUUUAUGUUUUAUAUAUCAGUUUGUAGCUCUUGAAAUUCUCUAUCGAAAGGUAUAUAAUAGUUGGAGUUUCGAUUGACUAUGAUAGGAAGUCUUUUACGAAAGUCGCGAUGGGUCCAUUUUUCCACAGAAAGCUAUAGGAAAAAAUGACUAUUUUUGCAAUAACUCAGGAACGGCUCGGUCGAUCCUUCUCAUCUUCAAAAUCGAUCGAGUUAUUGUCAAGACUAAUCUGUGUAGAAAGUUUCAUCGCAAUCUGACUCUGCUGUCAAAAGUUAUCAUGUAAACAGCCAACCGAACGUUUGGACACAGUGACUAUUCUACAGUGUACUCACUUUUUGAGUAGACAAUACUAUGAUUCAGUUCAAAACUAAUAUCAGAUUCAGAAUCAGUGUUAAAAACUGAGUCGAUUAAUGUAUUUUGUGAAUAAUUACGAGCAAAAAUUGUUUUCGAAAAAUCCCCGUACCCCCUCUCAGGAAUGGCCUGGUCAAAAAUCACAAUUUUUUCCAUAACUCAGCCAUUUCUUGACGGAUCAUUCUCAUCUUCGAACUUGACCGAGAUAAUUUCAAGACUGAACUGUGUAGAAAAUUUCAUCAUGAUCGGACUCUCCUUUCGAAAGUUAUCGUGUAAACAGCCGGCCGGACAUACUGACUGAUUCUAGAGUGUACUCACUUUUUGAGUACACAAAAAAGCAGCACAAUAAAUAAUUGAAUGUUCUUUAAUGAAGUUGCUAAUAUCUAAUUGUAUACCUAUAAAGAAAAGGUUGUAUUAUAAAAUCAAUAUAAAUUUAAUCAAGAUUUUUCUUUUUUUUUAAUUCUUUUUCAAUUCGUUUAUUUCCAUUAUUCAUGACCAUCUCUCUCUGUGGCUCUGUGUAUUAGUCGAUAAAAAAACGUCAGAUUCCUAUGUUUUCUAUAUACAUGUCAUGGGCAAAAUCAAAAUUCAUCCAAAUUUUAAAUUUGCCUGAACUUUUCAUGCAAAUUUCAAAAUUGACUGACUUUUGACAAGGCAAAUUUUAAAUUUGCCCAAAGAAUUGGUCAAAUUUCAAAUUUCACUAAAUUUUAAUUUUGCUCAUAGCAUACAUAUAGAUAAGCAUAAUCAUACUUACAUCUUUCAUAGCCUAAAAAAAUAAUUAUUUGUAACAGAAUGACUACCGCGAUCUAUAUCUCUUUCCAAAGAGAAAAGAAGAAUAUUAUUUGUGUUUUCGAUGAUAUAUUAAUUAGGUUGGCCUACAUAUUUCAACAGAUUCAUACAGUCUCUCUGAAGAUAUUUCCACUGUACUAAAAAUCUCUUCUAAAGCCUUUCCUCAAUUCCACUAAUUCAAAUAUAAGAUUAAAACUAGUCGAUAAAUAAAUUAAGUCAUAACGAAAACCAACAGAAAAGAAAACAAAAUAGAUAAUUUUUUAACAGUCUCACCCUCUCGAGAAAAAAACAAAAAAGAAAACAGCCACUAUCAUCAAGAUAAAAUUGGAAACGAGUAGAAACUUCGAACGAUGUUGAUUUUGCGAAAAUUCAAUUGAACUUUUCACUUUUUCCUCUUUACGCUCUCUCUGUCUUUUGUCUUAUUUUAUCAUUUUAUUCUCUUCUUUCUUCCUAUUUCAGUUCCUCCAUUACGUGGAAGUUCAAUUGACAUUCAUCCAAAUGCUAAAUGGCAACAAAAUGGUAUCACUGUGGCUGGAGGAAAAGGAUCUGGCAAUGAAAUCCAUCAACUCUCUUACUCAUCGGGUUUGUAUAUUGAUGAAGAUCAAAAUGUCUAUGUCGCUGAUCAAAAAAAUCACCGUGUUGUGGAAUGGAAAUGGGGUGCGACGAGUGGCCAAGUAGUCGCUGGUGGAAAUGGACGAGGAAGUGGGGCUCAUCAGUUGUCUUACCCAUUCGAUGUGAUUGUUGACAAAGAGAGAGAUAGUCUCAUCAUCUGCGAUCGUUCGAAUAGAAGAGUGGUUCGAUGGCCUCGUCGAAAUGGAACAAGUGGAGAAACAAUCAUCUCUAACAUAGAUUGUUGGGGUUUGACAAUGGACGAGAAUGGAUCUCUCUAUGUUGCGGAUGAGGGAAAAGAUGAAGUGAGACGAUAUCGAAGAGGCGAAUCCCAAGAAACAGUGGUUGCAGGUGGCAAUGGAAGGGGAAAUCGUCUCGAUCAACUCUAUCGCCCACAAUACAUAUUUGUCGAUCGAGAUCAUUCAGUAUACGUGUCUGAUUGGGGAAAUAAUCGUGUGAUGAAAUGGGUGGAAGGUGCAAAACAAGGAAUUGUCGUGGCUGGUGGUCAAAAAUAUGGAGAUAGCCUUACACAGUUAUCAUAUCCUAAAGGAGUUGUUGUCGAUCAAUUGGGCACUGUCUAUGUAGCUGAUGACGAAAGUGAUCGAAUCAUACGUUGGCCCAAAGGAGCCACACAGGGAAGUGUCAUUGUUGGUGGAAACGGUAGAGGAGAACAACCGAACCAACUCAGAGGGCCCUUCGGUUUGUCAUUCGAUCGGCAUGGCAAUCUCUAUGUCGUUGAUUGGGGAAAUGAUCGAGUACAAAAAUUUAACAUCGACUAA